GAGAGGUGAGACAGAAAGACUGAAGAAGCUUUUAAAGGAGAGAGACAGACAGGCCGACAGAAAAGGAAGUGGGAUAUAUCCGUCCUACACAUCUUUGUCACCCAGAGGACUUCACCUGUUCCUUUAAAGAAAGCGUGCCAGUUGAGAGGUUACCAUGGAAACCAGGACAGUGAUGCAGCGAGAGCAGGAGGAGCAGUCGUCCCAGAUGUCUCACAGCAUGCAACUGUCCUCCCAGAUCAAAAAGAAGACCUUCUCUUCCAGUGAUGAGGAAGCCUCCUACUCUGAUUACUAUCCCAUCAUCCCUGCUGACCUGAUGUCUGUCAAGGAGAUCCUGGACAUGGAGAACUUCCCCCGUCACAGGACAUGGGAAAUCCUGAGGGAAACUCUGGCUGCUGAGGGAGAGUAUCACAGAGACAAGUGGACCCUGUUUGGGAACGAGGCUGAGAAGGUGGAGCUGGAUGUGAUCAGGAACCAGCGUAUUCUACGCACACGAGUUGACAAAAUGACUCUUCGCAAGCAGGCUGAAAAAAGGGCAUCUGCCCACAUGAAGUACCUGGAGCGUCUGAGUCAGAAGGCCCCUGACUUUCCAAUCCCCCUGAGAGCUCACACUGUCUGGGAGGGCAUGACGGUCACACUCUGCUGUACCGUCCAGGGCUGUCCACCCCCAAAGGUCACAUGGUAUAAGGACGGUGUGCGUCUGAGAAUGUCUGACCAACCAUGGAAUUACCAUCUUGAACAAAAAUUUGGUCUUAACACACUGGAGAUCAGAAGGUGCUCUCCUGAUGAUGCGGGCGAGUAUAAAGUGGUAGCCAAGAGUCCCCCGGGUGAAGCUACGACCUUUGCAACACUUGUGGUGAACUCAUAUCAAGGAGCCGUGGCUGGUUCAGAGCACUCGAAGACCCCCGGCUGGGGGCAAGAAGUCCAGUUUGAUACCAUGUUCCCCCCAACAUGGGUAAAGGAGGGUGACAGCCUCACCCUGCAAUGUACCUUCACCUCAGCUCUGCUGCCACAGGACGUCAGCUGGUUCAGAGACGGUGUCCAGCUGCAUCCCUCUAAUAAUGUGGACAUUAAGACGGCUGACAAUAAGGCCGCCAUCACUCUAAAGGCUGCACACAAGGAGCAUGAAGGCAUUUACACUGCUCAGCUGAGGACCUGGGACGACAUCAAGGAACACAGUGCUUUUGUCUACGUCACAGAUGGAUCAGCUGCAGUGGUGGGAGGCCCCGCCUCUCCUCUGGCUGUCCAGGUAUCUGACGUCAACAAGGACUACGUCUUCCUGACCUGGCAGCCACCCAGUGCUGAUGGAGCUUCACCUGUGGAGGGUUAUUACAUAGAAAAAUAUGACCUUAGCCAGGGUGAGUGGGUACGCUGCAAUGUGCACAUUCAGAAAAUGUGCUAUUACCCGGUGUUUGGGCUAAAGGAAGGAGCUCUCUACCAGUUCAGAGUUCGUGCUGUUAACCAGGCUGGAGCAGGACGCCCCUCCAAAGCUACUAAGCCCAUCCGCACUGCAGACCCCCUGGAACCCACCAGGAAUAUGGUGGUCAAAGUACACAGGGGGAGGACAAUCACCAUUACAAAAGAUGAACUCGAAGGUGAGGUGAAAGCUCCUUUCCCUCCCACAAAUGUCCACGCCUGCGAGGUGAGCGACACCUUCGUAGUGCUAAGCUGGACCGAGCCUGAACCCAGAGGCAGGGAGCCGCUCAGCUUCUACGUGGAGCGGUCUCUGGCAGGGACGAGCAGCUGGGAGAUGGCCAGUCUGGACAUGGAGGUAAACUCUCCCAGGUUCCCCGUGUUUGACCUGGUGAAGGGUAAGCAGUACUGCUUCAGAGUGCGCUCUGUCAACAAGUAUGGUGUUAGCGACCCUUCCGAGCCGAGCGAACCGAUCUCCUUAGGAAAGCCACAAGUGGUGCCAGCUCCACCUCACUCAGUCAUGGCCACCAGAGACACAGACACUUCAGUGCUGCUCCAGUGGCAUGAGCCCAAAGACAAAGAAGACAUCCUUGGCUACUACCUGUACUGCUGCGAAAAGGGAAAACAAGACUGGAAGACCAUCAACAACAAGCCUGUUACCAAAAACAGAUUUACAGUCCAUGGCCUCAAGAAUCGAAAGGAAUAUGUGUUCAGGGUGAAGUCCGUGAGCCGAGCAGGAAACAGCAACUACUCAGAUGAAUCUCCCCCCAUCCUCGUCAAAGCGGCCAUUUCUGUUCCCUCUGCUCCCUCUGCCAUCGCCCUGCUGCUGUGCACUGAAUCAGAGAUGGUGGUAGGCUGGAGGGCCCCCGCCAAGAACGGGGGAGACCCUGUACGUGGAUACUACCUGGACCAGAGGGAAAAGGACAUGGAGACAUGGAGAGAGGUCAAUGUCAAGCCUGUCGAAGAGAGGCAGCUUAAGGUUGGCAACCUGACUAAUGGAAACUUCUACCAAUUCCGUGUGUUUGCUGCCAAUAUGGCCGGCGUCGGGAAGCCCUCAGAGCCGAGUGAAGCUUUCCUUUGUGAGAAGUGGACAAUGCCAGAGCCAGGUCCUCCCUAUGACGCUGAGGUCAGGGAGGUGAGAAAUGACUCUCUGGUGCUGCUGUGGGCAGCUCCGUUGUACGAAGGACGGGGCCCCGUCACUGGCUAUUUGCUGGAAGUCAGCCAGGGUGACCAAUCGGACGACUGGACUGCUUUAAAUGACAAGCCGAUCUCUGACACACAUUACAAGGUGUCAGGUCUACAGACGGGUCAGACAUAUCGUUUCCGUGUGUUGGCUGUCAAUGAGGCUGGAGUGGGCUGUCCUUCUCUGCCCACUGAGCCGGUCACAGCUCAGACCCGACCAGGCUCCAAAGACAUUGAGAUUGGAGUGGACGAUGAUGGUUUCAUAUAUCUGAGCUACGAGACUGAUAAGAUGGACGAUGAGAGCAAGUUCCUAUGGAACAAAAACUACACAGAGCCCAUCGAUGCCAAGAGAGCUCAGGCAGAAAACAAGAAGAAAGGGUCAGUCCUCACCUUCACAGACCCUUCUGAGGAGGAUCUGGGUCUCUACACGGUGGAGAUGAGCGAUGACCCAGACGAGUCGUCCAGCUACGACUUCACCGCUGAAGACCUUGAAAGACUCAAAGAACUCAGCUGGCAAGUCAGAAAUCCAUUGAUAGCGCUAAAGUCGGGCUGGCAAGUGGAGGUUUCUGAGAAAGGUGAAGUACGUCUUUGGCUGCAGACUGAGAGUCUGAGUGACUCUGCUGAGCUCCGUCUCAUCUUCAAUGACCGAGAAAUCUCCAGCACUCCGCACCGUAAGAUCAACUUUGACAGGGCCAAAGGUCUGGUGGAGAUACUGUUUGACCGACUCACUCGCGAGGACGAGGGGUCAUACACGGCUCAGCUGAAGGACGGCCGCGCCAAGAACCAGUGCACCUUGGUCUUUGUGGAUGAAAAGUUUCGUCAGACGCUGGCCCUGGCUGAGAAAAACAGGCGUGACCAUCAAAGAAAGUCUGGAGCGUAUUUCGAGGAAUACCUGUCGUGGAGUGUGAAUGAGGAUUGUGAUGUGAUAAUAAAGUGCAAGGUGACAAAUACAAAUAAGGACACGACACUCAAGUGGUUUAAAGAAGGUGCAACUGUGACCAAAGUUGUAUAUGACCAGUCAUCAGGGGUCAGCAUGCUCACCAUCCCACAGAUUACAAAGAAAGAUGCAGGUUUAUACAAAGCGGUGGUGUCAGAUGGGAGAGGAGAGGAUGUCAGCACCUUAAAGUUACUGGAUGACGAGUAUGACAAGCUUCUCCAGCAGCUGAGUAAACAGUGCGCAUUGUCAGCCAGCCCACUGAAGAUUCAGAGCACUGCUGAGGGUUUCAAGCUCUACUGCUCACUCAAAUACUAUAUAAGCCACCUGAAGACAACCUGGCACUUCAAGGAUAAGAGGAUUGACCAGGACGCCAGGACAAAGCCUGGUAGCAGUAUGCAGGAAGUCUGGAUUACAAUCUGUAACCCUACAGAGAAUGAUAAAGGCAAAUACACUUUGGAGAUGUACGAUGGCAAAGAGACACACAAGCGUUCUCUUGACCUAUCUGGACAAAUGUUUGCUGAUGCCUUGCUGGAGUACCAGAGGUUGAAGCAAGCGGCUAUUGCUGACAAAAAUCGGGCCAAGGUGACAAAGGGUCUUCCUGAUGUGGUAGCCAUCAUGGAGGGCAAGACUUUGUGUCUGACGUGUUUCAUCGAGGGCCAACCACAUCCAGAGAUCACCUGGCUUCGGAACGACAAGGAGAUUGUUGACCAGACCCAGUUUACCAUCACUAAGGAGCCCACGUGCAGCACCAUCACCAUCCACAAUGUCCACAUGGAAGAUUCUGGAAAAUACAGCAUUGUUGUGCGCAACCAGUAUGGAUCUGAAACGGUUGAUGUGACCGUGAGCGUUUAUAAGCUCGGGGAGAAGCCCCCAGCACAUGCUGUGCAUAUGGGUUAAAGCUACAAAAUGAGUCAUAAAUGGAGUGUUUUAUGCUUCAGAUUGAGAUUUUUCUGCAAAGAGAGAAAAAGGAAAAUGAAAGUGAUAAAUAGAUGAUGCUGAAUAGAUGAUGCUAGAUGAUGAAUGGAGUGAUGCUGGAUUGUUCAUUAGGGACUUCUAUUGAUUGUGUGGAGACAUUAUUGAGCUUUUGACUAUCCACUGAAGUUUAAUCAAAAAUGCAAUCUCCUAUAGUCUUCAAAUUUAAUAUUAAUUUACUAGACAAUGUAUGUGAUAAAAAUGUCAUAUUCAUGCUGCUCCUGUGAUGCAAAGUCCUGUUAGUCAAAAUGAUUGAACUGACUUCAUGGAUAUUCAAUAUAAAGGUUGUUUCUUUAUUGAAGAGAGAUUUUGGAAAAAGAAAUUGCAUCAUUUCCCUCCGACAUAUAACAAGCUGACUCCAUAAGCAGUAAAAUGCUAAGUUAAUCAACUUAAUAUAAUCUGUGGAUUUGUUGCUACAGAGUAAGCAUACUUGGUUUAGUACACACGUGUAGUGCUGCAGGGAUUACUUUUUUUUUGGGCCAAAGAGAAGUUAAUGUUGCCCUGGUUCCCGUGACAAUAGGCCAUUAGGAUUUUUCCAUUGAAUUUUGGACUACUUGCUCAGUUGCAAACAAACAUACGUAUUUUGUUCAGCAAGAUAAUUUUUGGCCGUCAGUGCACUUGCCGGAAGCAAAAGGCUUAUUUAAGGCUAUUAACCAAUAGUCUCCCUCAACAUCGCCACCACACAGAAGGUGCAAAGCUGUGUAUAUUGUGAUGAUGUUUUCAUUGAGCCACUUGUUACCAACUGCCUUUUUUAAGGCACAUAAAAGAUUCAAAAUUCAAGAGUGGGGUAUUUACUGACAUAUUUUAUGUCGUAGAGCCAAAUGUAAACAUGUCUUAGGCUUGUGUUAACUACAGACUUUGCUUCAGGCAUCCAACCAAAAACCCACUGACCAUCCCAUUGACUUUGAGAUGAGGGAACCAAAAGUGCAGAAAUGAUAACUCAGUUGUGUUUUAGGACAAGGCUACAAUCCAGUAGCUUGGGGUCAUCCCUAUGUUCCCAGUGUCAUCAGCUUACUACAACUAGAACUCUUCCCUGUUUGUGCCACAUUGCAUUUUAUUAAUCAUCCUUAUUGGAUAUUUGUCUCAUUUAAAGUGUUAAAUAAAAAUAACAAAAACUGCAAAACCUUUAGUUACUGGGCUGGACAGCUUUUAGUGAAUCAGAGAUGUUGUUUGUGUGUUGUGAAUAAAGCAAAUUCAGGUGACUUUCA